AUGGACGGUGGUAUGUAGAGCCAACACUUCCUUUCAAUUGAUCGCGGCUGAUUGAUUGAUUGAUUGCUUCUCGGUUUAACGACGACUAGUUUUCGUUUUCGUUGCUACAGAAAAAAAAAUGGCAGAUUUGUUUCAUCAACGAAAUAGGGUUACCCAUGUCCACCUGCUGGGUCGAGUCUGUGGAGAAGAACAGCCAGAUGCAACUGGUGGAAUGAUCAACCAGUCACGUUCAAACUGGAGCGCAAGAUUUCACUCUUGAGCUCGUUUGAAUGGGCGGGAAAAAAACAGCGAGAACUCGAGAGGCCAACGACCAAGAUAUAUGCGAUUUCAAAUCCAGACACAAUGCAUCCACCAACUAUGGAGCCUUCUCAUAACCAAGGGAAGAAUAUAUACAUAUACACUCAGCAAACCCAGCGGAUGGCAAAUAUGACCAGCAAAAACACACUGGAUUAUUGCAAUCGUGGAUCUCCUCACCCACUUGCUAAUUGUUUUGGUCUCAAUUUUAUUAUUAUUAUUUUUUUUUUUUUUUGUUGUCGACGUCGGGAAUAUUGGACAUACACGCUACGCAAACAAAACUACAUCUGAAAGAAUCGACGAAAUGGAAAUGGCAAUCAACUGAAAAAACAGCCAAAUACUAACUAGACGAUGUAUAGAAGAAGUAGCUGCUUUGGUUAUUGACAAUGGUUCCGGUAUGUGUAAAGCUGGUUUUGCCGGGGAUGACGCACCAAGAGCCGUGUUCCCCUCGAUUGUUGGUAGACCAAGACACCAGGUGAUCAUGGUUGGUAUGGGUCAGAAGGACUCAUAUGUCGGCGACGAAGCACAAUCCAAGAGAGGUAUUCUCACUUUGAGAUACCCAAUUGAACACGGUAUUGUCUCCAACUGGGAUGAUAUGGAAAAGAUCUGGCACCACACUUUUUACAAUGAGUUGAGAGUUGCCCCUGAAGAACACCCUGUCUUGUUGACGGAGGCUCCAAUGAACCCAAAGUCCAACAGAGAAAAGAUGACUCAAAUCAUGUUUGAGACUUUUAACGUUCCCGCCUUUUACGUGUCUAUUCAAGCGGUCUUGUCCUUGUACUCCUCCGGUAGAACCACUGGUAUUGUCUUGGACUCGGGUGAUGGUGUCACCCACGUUGUGCCAAUCUAUGCCGGUUUCUCGUUGCCUCACGGUAUCUUGAGAAUCGACUUGGCCGGUAGAGACUUGACCGACUACUUGAUGAAGAUCUUGUCUGAACGUGGUUACACCUUGUCCACCACCGCCGAAAGAGAAAUUGUUAGAGACAUCAAGGAAAGAUUAUGCUACGUUGCCUUGGACUUUGAACAGGAGAUGCAAACCUCUUCACAAUCUUCUGCUAUCGAGAAAUCUUAUGAGUUACCAGAUGGCCAAGUCAUCACCAUUGGUAACGAAAGAUUCAGAGCUCCAGAAGCUUUAUUCCGUCCUUCCGACUUGGGCUUGGAAGCUGCCGGUAUCGACCAAACCACCUACAACUCCAUCAUGAAGUGUGAUUUGGAUGUUAGAAAAGAAUUAUACGGUAACAUUGUCAUGUCUGGUGGUACUACCUUGUUCCCCGGUAUUGCUGAACGUAUGCAAAAGGAGAUUACUGCAUUGGCUCCAUCCUCAAUGAAGGUUAAGAUUGUUGCUCCUCCAGAAAGAAAAUACUCUGUCUGGAUCGGUGGUUCGAUCUUGGCUUCCUUGUCGACUUUCCAACAAAUGUGGAUCUCAAAACAAGAAUACGACGAAUCUGGACCAUCAAUUGUUCACCACAAAUGUUUCUAA